CCUGGGACCUGACAUCUCAAUUCAAAAUUUCCAAGUUUUACGACGCAGCUGACUUGAAUCUUUGAUUUAUAUUUAUAAAAAUUAAUACUAAAUAUCCCACUAACGAACUUAACAAAUAUAUUGCGGAAGUGAGGACGAUAUUAAAUUUGUGUUUGUAGUAAAUAAACGUAAACCUUGUGCGUUACUCAAGAAAAGAAAAAAUGGUUUGUGUGCCGUGUUUCAUCAUUCCACUGCUUUUGUUUUUGUGGCACAAAUUCGUCCAGCCGUACGUGCUACGCUUUUGGAACCCCUGGGCUGUGAAAGACGCUGAAGGGAAUGUGAAAACCGAAUUUCCCUUUAAAUGUGAAGGUGGCGUCUGCACAUUUAGGAAUAAACCUGAUGAAAAUAAGACUGUUGUCGAUGAAAAGAACACUGAAUUAACGCCUAAAACUGAGACUUUACAAAAAGAUUCCCAUGCUGUUAAACCAGAUUUAAGACUAAAAGCGGAAUAAAGGUGUUGUCAUCAAUGUUGUUAUUUCUAAAUCUAUAAUCUACCAAUUUUUAUUAUUCUAAACCUAAUUUUUCAUUGUUCUCUGGACAACCUUGAAUUAUUUAAUCUUUAUUUCCUCAUUGUCUACAAGGUUUUUUAGUAACCACUAUUUAUUAUAUUUUAUUGGAACUUGAACAUAUUAUUUUAAAAUUAGUUACUGUGGCCAAUUUACUUGCUAGAAUGCUGAUGUUUUCAGCAUUUAUCUUAGCCCCUUGAUACAUCAAGGGUUUUUUUCGAAUGCAUAUUUUAUGUGGUAUAAAUCACUGUUGAUGUUGCGUGCUAAUUAUUUGAAUAUAUUUCAGUCAUUGUAUACUAGUUUCAGUCUUAUGCCGGUUUGUGUUUUUAACGUUGAGUUGAGAUAAUAAUAUUUCCUCUAUGUAAGCUAAAAUUACUGCAGUGUUGUGUUUUGUAGCCCUGUGACUCUCAUUAAAGCUAAUCUAACAUAUUCUUGAAAUUGUUUUUCUUUGAAUCUAAGGGUUCCAACCAAAAAAUAUUUUGUCAAAUAAAAAAGAGAAGAUUGAGUUUUUUGUACAAUUGCUUAUUUUGUAACAGUAAUCAGGAUCAAAUUAAACAAUACACUCACUGGAA